ACCGUCCCAUCUGCCACUCAGCACUCCCUCAGCUGGUGCCAAAGCCGCUUGGACAGAGGUGCUUUUGACUCCUUUUGGGACUGGGUGGUUGGGCCCUGACUUUAUUAUGUGCCAUGCUCUCCCCUCCAGCUGUGGUUUUGCACCCCUACAGCCUGCCUGUCUACCCGCCGGCACCCCAGUGUUACUCCGGGCUGGUUCAGGGUAGUCCAGAUGCAGCGGUGCCGCCAGCAGAUGCCAUGACACAGACGUUCCCAGCUCAGUACCCUCCGCCGCCACCCCAAGCCCGGCUGCCUCCGCAAUACCAUCUCCACAGCACCCCUUCAGAGUACCCAUCCCCAACAGCGCCGGAUCACAGCCUUCGUAUCUUCCCCGAACAGGGAACGGCUGCGCCAGAGCCCCUGCCACUGCCCCCACCGCCUGCGCCGGAAGAAGCCCCUGCGCCUGAGCUGUCUCCCGAGGCAGAGGAAGCAGAAAGCAGCGAGAACAAGGCCCAGCCCAAACGCCUGCAUGUGUCGAACAUCCCCUUCCGCUUCCGUGACCCAGACCUGCGGCAGAUGUUUGGACAAUUUGGAAAGAUUCUGGACGUGGAGAUCAUCUUUAACGAGCGUGGCUCCAAGGGCUUUGGCUUUGUCACCUUUGAAAACAGUCAGGAUGCCGACCGUGCGCGGGAGAAGCUCAACAGCAGCAUUGUGGAAGGGAGGAAGAUCGAGGUCAACAAUGCCACAGCCCGUUUAGUCACCAAGAAACCACCAGCAGCACCAGUGGUGAAUGGAUGGAAAAUCAAUCCUAUGGUUGGCGCUGUCUAUGCCCCUGACCUGUACACAGUGGCGAGCAUCCCUUACCCCAUGAUGGCACCAGCUGCCCUGGCAUAUCGCGGGGCUCUGCGAGGGCGUGGCCGCGCUGCCAUCUAUAAUCCCAUUCGAGCAGCACCUGCCCCUUCUCCAGUUCCAGCCUAUGGCAGUGUCCUCUAUCCAGACAGUCUGUAUGGCUCUGACAUCUACGGUUAUCCUGCAGCUUACAGAGUGGCCCAGACACCUGCAGCUGCAGCAACAGCAACGGCUUACAGCGAUGGGUAUGGACGGGUCUACACUACCGCCGACCCCUAUCACCACACCGUGACCCCCGCCUAUGGAGUCGGCGCCAUGGCCAGCUUGUACCGAGGAGGAUGCAACCGUUUCACUCCGUACUGAGGGACCAAGCGCUGGCGCUGAGCAUCUUGGAGGCACCUGUGAGCUGAUGGCACAGGUGGUGGGACCUGGCGCUGAGAACCUUGCGUGUGUUUGUGUGUGUGGUGUAUAUAUAUGUGUGCGAGAGGAAGGCAGGCAGGUGAUCGGUGAAGAUACCUCUCAACCAGCAGGACGCUAAUUCUGGGUGACGGUCAAAUGACGACAACAAUUCAGGUGCUUCCUCCAGUCUCUUCAAAGCCUUCGUCGUUACUCACAAAUUCUGGCCUCUCCUGUGUUUUGCUGUUGGCCACCAGUUGGAUGGUCGACACAAUUCAGAUGCAGGGCAAACUGAAAACAGGCAACCACAGCUAGGUUACAGGAUUGGCAAGGUGAAAGCAAAUCCAGUUCACUUUGCGGCAGUGGGGGCAAGCUAGGGCCUUCGCAAAAGCCAUUCCCUGGAGUUCUCUGUGAUAGAGCAAUCUCCUUGGUGUCCUUCCGCCACAACCAUAAACCAGUUUCAAAGCUGUUUAAAUAGUCAUGGCACCUGAUUAUGCAACCUUGAGGAAGAUUGUGGAGAAUCAAGGAUAGAAUUGUGUAUUUCUUCAACCAAGGAUACUCAGGUCCUUAGAUUUUGGCAGAUGGACUGGGGAACUGUGAGAACGAAAACUGAUUCCAGGCUAUUUCUGGAUUUCAAUUCACCUUCACUACAACAUGUGCAUCAGUUAUGGCUUCCCUAAGAAUCCUGGGAUGUGUAGUUUUGAAAAUGCUGAGAAUUCUCUGCUUGUGGUUCCUAAGACUGUCCCGGGCCACAAUUCCCAGGGUUCCCUGGGGUGUAGCCCCCCCCCGCCCCCGGUGUU